AAUACGAAACAAGCUUCGGUUUCAGCGAUAACGUCACUGCUUUGGUGGACAAGGCGGUUCUGUCACAUGAGGAGGGGGAGGAGAAAAAAGGAGAAGCUUAAAAAAAAAAAACCAACCCACACAGAAAUAGAGGUUUUGACAGCUAGCGUUAGCAGUUAGCUUGUCCAGGUAAGGAAGGCUUAUAGUGAACGCUAGUGUGAGCCGAAAAGUGUCGUAGCCUUUAUAACGCAGUCGAUAUUAAAUGUGUGAGUUCGUUUCGGUUUGUCAGAGAGUCGCUCCGCUGCCAGGUUGGAGUCGACAUCAUGUGUAAUUUGUAUCGUCUGUAUUGUGUUUGACAGCGCAACAACUGCUGGGAAUCUGGUCUGCUCGUCCCAAGAAGAGCCGGAGGCAGGCCUAGCUGGACCACCUCCGCUGUGCCAUGGUGUGACUUAAUUUUUUUCUUCACUCUUUUGAAGGAGUGUGCCUGCCACAGUCAUGAUUUUCAGCACAGGUUUCACUCAUGAUUGAAAGCCAUCGAGCAUCCAGGGAAGUGACCUUGGUGGAAACUACAGCCUGUUGGUUGGAGGUUUCCAAAUUCCAACAUCAUGGCAUCCAAAGAGAGACUCUACGAAGUCUGGAUGCUCUACUGCAGCAAGCGGGAUCCAGACUAUUUGAAGCUGUGGCUAGAGAUUUUCAUCUGCUCCUAUGAGCGAUGCCUGGAUGUGGACUUUGAAAAGCUCCCUUCAAGGCCAGAGGAGCUUCCCCCGGUGCUGAACCUCCUCCCAGACAACAUCCUGCAGGUUUUGCGCCAUCAGCUUCUGCAGUGCGUCCAGAAAGCCACUGACGGCCUCGAACCUGAGCAGCAAAACUUAGCGCUCUUGCUUCUCAAGUUCCUCAUCAUCAUCUGCAGGAACCUGUCCAACGUGGAGGAGAUCGGCACAUGCUCUUACAUCAAUCACAUCAUCACCAUGACAACGCUCUAUAUUCAGCAGUUGAAGAGUAAGACAAAGGAGAAAGAACUUGCAGACCAGAGCCAGGCUGAGGAGUUUGUCUGUCACGCAUUGGCUUUCUGCGAAAGUCUCUACGACCCUUACCACAACUGGAGGCAUCGAACCUGCGGGGAGCAGCUGGGUACAGUGGAGAGAAGCAGACAGAAGUACAAAGCAGCUCCUCUCACCGUUGAAUUUGUUCCAUUUUUUUACCAGUGUUUCCAAGAGAGUGAGCACCUGAAAAACAGUCUGAAAUGUUGCCUGCUGCACCUUUUUGGAGCGAUAGUGGCUGGAGGCCAGAGGAACGCUGUACUUGCCAUCUCCCCGGCCACCAUGGAAGUGUUGAUGCGGGUGCUGGCUGACUGCUCUAUGGGUAGCUGCUCUUCAGAUGAGAGUGAGGACUGGGACAGUGAGGCCCCCGAUCGUAAGGCAUUGUUAACGUUGGGCUGCCUUCGGGAAGUGGUGCAGCGCCUCCUAGCCUCCAGCUCUGACCAGCGGCAAGUGGAAAUUGCCUCAGUGUUAGAAAACUACUUCAAGCUGCUCAACUCGGAUCCUGCAGCUGCAGUCGCUGCCAAGCAACAACAGCAGCAGCAGCAGGCCAAGGGUCGAGCACCGUCACUGGGUCGACAUUGGGAGAGUCGAUUUGUGGCGCUGCAAGUACACAUGCUAGACACUAUCAGGGACAUGUUCCUGUGUUCAGACAGGCCAGUUCUACAAGCCAUCUUCCUCAACAGUAACUGUUUUGAACACCUGACACGACUGCUGCAGAACAGCAAGCUGGUUAACACUAGGUGCACGGCGGCAGACAAGGACCAGAAAGAUAUAACCAACAACAGGUUACUGACAGGAGAGGCGGAUGCUCAGGUAUUUCAAGGGCGGCUAGAUUCUCUUGCUGUGGCAGCUAUCAAAGCCUUGACAACAGUGAUGCAUAAAUCACCGGCUGCAAAGGAGGUGUUUAAGGAGAGAAUUGGUUACAAUCACCUGUACGAAGUGCUCGUCUCUCUUGGCCAGCCUUCCAAGCAGCUCCUCAAAGAGUUGAUGAAUAUGGCAGUGGAGGGGGAGCACACCUCAGUGGGGCUUCUCGGCAUCAGUAACGUGGAGCCAUUGCUGCUUCUGAUUCAGUGGCUCCCAGAGCUGAACUCAUCAGAACUUCAGCUUUUUGCAGCUGACUGGCUCCGCCGCCUUAGCUGCCUAAACCGCCAGACUCGCGCCACCUGUGUCAAUGCUGCCAUGGUCAUGCGAGCACUGGCUGCUCUAGAGCACCAUCAAAGGUUGCAUCGAGCCUGUGCAGAGAGCAUAUUUGGACUGGUGGGCUCACUGGGCUCUCAGUCCCUGAGUGCCAAGGAACUCCUGGGGUUUCUUCGCCUCCUUAGACCCUCAGAAUCCAGCCAGGCUCAUCCCUAUGUCAACCCCGCCCUUAAAGCCCUGCUUGCCAUGGUUCGCAAGCAUGGCCUAGAGAGUGCUAUGCAGUACUUUGACUUGUCACCCAGUAUGGCUGGUAUUGUAGUUCCCACAGUGCAACGCUGGCCGGGAUCUGGUUUCACUUUCCUGGCCUGGCUGUCUCUUGACCAAGACCAGCUGGGUCCACCAAACAAGGAUAAGAGGAAACAGCUGUAUAGUUUUUUCACCCCAGGAGGGACGGGGUUUGAAGCCUUCAUCAGUGCAGCAGGUGUGUUGGUGGUGGCUGUGUGCACAAAGAAGGAGUAUGUCACCGUCAUGCUGCCUGACUACUGCUUUUGUGACUCUCUGUGGCACAGCAUUGCUGUUGUGCAUAUGCCAGGAAAGAGGCCAUUCGGACAGAGUAUUGCCAACAUAUAUGUGGAUGGACAGCAGAAACUGUCUGCCAAUCUCAAGUAUCCCACCAUGACAGAGCCAUUCACUUCCUGUUGCAUCGGCUCAGCAGGCCACCGAACCACUACCCCACCACCUUCCCAGAUACCAGACCCUCCGUUUUCUGCAACCACCACACCGACAUCUCGCUCCUCACUGGGUGCCAUCCUCUCGCCACAAAACUGGGGAGGCUUGCUAGGGGGAAAGCCCGAGUCUGUGACAAAGCUGAUCUCCGCGGGGACCCAGGACAGCGAAUGGGGAAGCCCCACCUCCCUGCAGGGCCAGCUGGGAAGUGUCAUGGUCUUCCAUGAAGCUCUUCAGCCAAACCAUAUAAAAGUGAUUUGUGGCGCUGGUCCAAAUUGUAUCUCUCCAUUCAAAGCCCAGGAAUCAGAACUUGGAGACCUUUCCUCAAAACUGCUGCUUCACUACUCACCCAAGGCAUGUAGGAAUCCCAUCUGCAUGGAUUUGUCUCCCAAUAUGCUGCAUGGGCGUCUGACCGGGAACAAAGUUGUCAACUGGGAUAUCAAGGAUAUGAUCAACUGUGUAGGCGGGCUUUCGGUUCUGUUCCCCAUCCUGGAACAGUUGUCCCUAGUGACUCCUGAUGAGCAGCCCAGCAAUCCGGCUACUGGGACAGAUAUCAUCAGUCCUGACGGGACCACUGCACCUGCUGAUGGAGACUGGGUCAUCCUCCCAUCUAACAGGGCUUCAGAGUCUCGCCUGGAGAAGAGUCUGGUUGCCACCUUCCUAUUGGUGCUGAAGCAUUUCCUCCAAAGACACCAAAUUAACCAGGAGAGUCUGCUGCACUCGUAUGGUGUUGCUACACUGGGGGCACUUCUGCAGAAGCUGCCUGCAGGUCACGUGGAUGUUAGUGUGCUGGUUGCUGUGCAGCUGCUGAUAGAACAGGUGACAUAUGAGAAGAACCAGGCUCUGCUGCAGCAGUUCAACACACAUCUGCUGUUCAAUUUCAACAUUUGGAACAGGGGAGACUUCCCAUUAUGCAUUGGUCAUAUCCAGUACAUGUCCACUGUCAUCAAAGACAACAGGAAGCAGUUCAGGAAAAAAUAUGGUGUUCAGUUCCUGUUGGACACAGUACGCCUCUAUUAUGGGAAGAACAGCAAUAAAGAGAGCGACCUGAGUGAUGAUGACAUUCGCACUAUUCGAGCCUCUCUCUUUGGCCUCAUCCGGUACUACAUCAGCAAAGGCAUGUCACAGGAGGAGAUGCACAGCAUCCUGGGUUACAUCGCUGCCACUGGAGACGAGGACCAGCUGUGUGAGAUGUUGGAGUUGUUAAUCAGUGUCCUACAGAGCAGUCCAUCCAGGGAUCAGAUCUUUCUGCAGCUGUACGAGCCUGGGGCGGCAGACUCAUGCUAUGCUCUUCUGCUCAAUAACAAACACUCAGACCGACUCAGAGAACUUGUCUUCAAGCUGUUUGAGCGCAUGUUGCGCUGCGACCGCGUCUAUGAGAAGAACAAGCAGCGUUUGCGGCUGAGGGAGGCGGGUUAUUCCGCCUUGUCACUCCUCUUUUCUGAACUUCAGAUCACUCCGACUCUGAUCCGCUGUUUGCUCAACCAGGUGCUCCACACAGACCAGAUAGUUAAUUUCAAGGAUCUGAUGGCACUGGUCCAGCUGACUCACCGCUCUGGACCCUGCGUCCGCCUUAUCAUUUGCAAACGGGUAUACCAGCUGCUGCAGUCUGAGCCCGAUGCCAGUGUUCAGAUCUCCAAGCAGCGGUGUUGGCAGGACACCCUCUUGCGGCUGUACCUGAAGGGUGAAGGUUCCUCAGCACUCCAAGGAGCUGACACCAUCAGCAACUGCAGCCUGGAAUUUGGCACAAGUCGGCCCAGUAGCAGCAACGCUAACCGCUUGGAGCUACCUCUGGACAGAAGGUCACGAGCCAGCAGCUCUGCACCACUGGACCGGUUGGAUGAUGACCAUCUGAGCAUAGGUGAUAAUCGUUCUGUGGACAGCCUGGAGAAUGGCGACGUCAUCUCCUUGCUGGAUACACCGUCCUCCUGUGCCUCCACUGAGCCCCAACUCCACAUCAAACCCUAUGUAGUAGCAAAAUCAGGGGGCUUGACUCUGGAUCUGUCCCAUUUGCAAUCAUACAAGGGAGUGGAGAGCGGUAGCCAGACACCUGGCAGCAUGCCCAGCACACCAUCUCCACUGGAGACUUCCAAGACUUUUCCUGGGGGUUCCAAGAAUCGUGAUGCAACUCCCUCCCUGAAUGAAGACAGCUAUCUAUUCAGUGACAGCAUUUCACUGGAGGAGUCCUUCACAAAUGCUGAGCGGGCAGAGGAGGAGCUUUGCAGCAUGCUGCUGGAGAUAGUAAUGUGUGUGAUGUGGAAUGGUAUAGAGGGUUCUGACGAUGAGGCGUGGUUUGAGCGUGGACAGGUCUUCUCGGCUCUCACCAAAUUGGGGACUGCUAAUGAGCUGCUGCUUCCAGUUGACCAAAUCAAACUCAGCCUUAUGGAACGCAUGUUGGAACGGGCUGUGAGUGACAACCGUGAGGCAUCAGCUGCCACAUUGCCACAGAACACUGAGAAUGCAGUGCGGCUGGUUCACAUUUUACAAGAUUUCCUACAAGCAGAGGGUCUGAUCAAUCCAGCACUUUGGACAGAGAAGGUUCUGGAGGAGGCUGUGACACUGAUGGACAGUCUCAUGGUAUGGUAUGCUUCUGGAGCACAGUGGUUCCAGCUGUCCCAAGUUGGAUUGAGGCUUCUGCUGGGCUUCAUGGCCCAAGAAGACCCUGAAGUAUGUGCAAUGGCUACCGCCAAACUCAAUGGCAUCCUGCAGACCAAGGAGGUGUCCAGCCAGGAUGAGGCCUGCUACCUGCUUGGUAAGGUGGAGGGCAUCCUGCGGCGCUCCAUCCAGGAGCAGACUGAGGACACCUACUCCUUCCUCGUUCCUCUACUGCGAACACUGUUGUCCAAGGUCCAUCGCCUUCUUUACAUGGAGCUGCACCUCCCUCAGCUCCCUGACACCAAUGGCAGCCCGUCGUUCUUUGAGGACUUCCGGGUCUACUGUGAUUCACCAGAGUGGCGCGUCUACCUCGACAAAUACAUUAUUCCAUAUAUGAAUCAGUAUGAAAUUGAGAUGUUCAGCCAGGGCCACGAGACCAUGGCUCUUUACUGGAAGGAUUGCUAUGAGGCCUUCAUGGUUAGCUUGCAUAAAAGAGAACGGGAGAGGGGUGAGAGCAAGAUCCGCUUCCAGGAGCAGUUUGUGGAACCUUUCUCUCGUCGAGGCCGCCAGGAAAAUCUGCGCUAUAAUAGCAUGUUGAAACAACAGCACAGCCAAAACAGUGCCACCCUCAGGCAGUGGAAGGCAGCGCGUCGGGGUCUGGUGUGUGAGAGAGGACCCUGGGCUGACAGGCAACAAGACGAGAUGCACUGGAGGGUGUCGAGUGCUGAGAACUACUCCCGUAUGAGGCUGAAAAUGGUUCGUAAUUACAACUUUGACCCUCACCGUGAAGCCAGCGCUCUCAGAGAUAAUCUGGGUGUCCAUCAGCAGAACAUAAACCCAGAGUCGCUGUUGCUGGAGGCUGUGAAACAAGUCAAAGUCAGUGACCUGGAAGAUGACAUCCUGGAGCUGCCAGAGGAUGACCCUGCUAAUGCCAACAACCAGGUUGAUCCAGAAGAAGCCGGCCAGAAGGAGAAACUGGUGCUGUUGGAGGACUGUGAGCUGGUGACUGUGGUGGACGUGGUGCCUGGACGUCUGGAACUCACUACUCAACAUAUCUACUUCUACGAUAGCAGCCAGGAGAAAGAAGAAGGAGUGGGUCACGACUUCAAAUGGCCCCUGAAUCAGAUCCGAGAGGUUCACCUGCGGAGAUACAACCUGCGCCGCUCCGCUUUGGAGAUAUUCCUCAUUGAUCAGACCAACUAUUUCCUCAACUUCAAGAAGGAGGUUAGGAAUAAAGUCUACAGCCGCAUGCUGCUGCUGCGAUCCCUGAAUCUGUAUGGAACUCGUUCACCACAGGAGCUCCUGAAGGCCUCUGGACUCACACAGAAAUGGGUGAACCGAGAGAUUUCCAAUUUUGACUACUUGAUGCAACUCAACACAAUUGCAGGCAGGACUUACAACGACCUGGCCCAAUACCCAGUGUUUCCGUGGAUCCUAGCCGACUACAGUUCAGAGGAGUUGGACCUGUCUGACCCGCAGGUGUUCAGGGAUCUGUCCAAGCCCGUGGCUGUACUUAAUGAGCGCAAUGCCAAGACUGUUCGAGAAAAGUAUGAAAGCUUUGAGGACCCAACAGGCACCAUUGACAGGUUCCAUUAUGGCACCCACUACUCAAAUGCUGCUGGAGUGAUGCAUUACCUGAUCAGAGCAGAGCCUUUCACAUCCCUGCACAUCCAACUGCAGAGUGGACGGUUUGACUGUGCUGACCGCCAGUUCCACUCCAUCCCAGCAACAUGGCAGACCCUCAUGGACAACCCCAAUGAUGUCAAGGAGCUUAUCCCUGAGUUCUUCUACUUUCCAGAGUUCCUUGAGAAUCAAAAUGGCUUUGAUCUGGGUCGACUGCAACUCUCCAAAGAAAGGGUCAAUGAUGUUGUUCUUCCAAAAUGGGCCAAGUCACCUGAGGACUUCAUCUACAAGCAUCGCAAAGCCUUGGAGUCUGACUAUGUAUCAGCACACCUUCAUGAGUGGAUUGAUCUGAUCUUUGGUUAUAAACAGAGAGGCCCAGCAGCUGCAGAGGCCCUCAACGUCUUCUACUACUGCACCUACGAGGGAGCGGUGGACUUGGAUGCCAUUACUGAUGAAAAAGAGCGUAAGGCUCUGGAAGGCAUGAUCAGCAACUUUGGACAGACACCCUGCCAGUUACUCAAGGAGCCCCACCCAGUGCGCCUCUCUCUGGAGGAGGUGAAACGAAAGGCUCAGCUGGACUCGUGUCCUCUCAGCGUCUUUGAACACCUCAGCGAGCUCAAGUCCUUUUUUGUUGAGGGCAUCAGUGACAAUGUACCGCUGGUAAAAGCUGUGGUGCCCAAGAACCAGUCCCGAUCCUUCAUCACACAUGGCAGCCCCGAUACGAUGGUGACGGUGAGUCAGAACUGCAUGGUUGGGACCCAUGGCUGGCUACCUUACAACAAGAACAUUUCCAACUACUUCACCUUCAUUAAGGACCCCACGGUGUCCAACACUAAGACCCAGCGAUUCCUGUUAGGACCCUUCUGUCCUGGUGUAGAGGUCACAUCGAAGCUGUUUGUCGUUUCCCAUGAUGGCAAGAUGCUCUUCAGUGGUGGCCACUGGGACAACAGCCUCAGGGUUACCUCCUUGAUCAAGGGCAAAACUGUGGGACAGCAUAUCAGACACAUGGACAUAGUGACCUGCUUGGCAACAGAUCACUGUGGCAUCCACCUGAUCUCUGGCUCCAGAGACACAACCUGCAUGGUGUGGCAGAUUCUGCAGCAGUGGGGAGCUCCUGUGGGUCUCCAUCCUAAACCAGUUCAGGUCUUGUAUGGACACACAGACGAGGUUGUCAGUGUCAGUAUCAGCACAGAGCUGGACAUGGCUGUGUCUGGAUCACGGCACGGGACAGUGAUCAUCCACACUGUGCGUCGAGGUCAGUACACACGCUGCUUACGACCUCCCUGUGACAGCUUGCUGCCGCUGUCUAUCCUUCACCUGGCUGUGUCCUGGGAGGGUCACCUGGUGGUUCACACCUGCCUGGAGGGCAAAGCAACACUCAAGGAUAAAAAUACUCUCCACCUGUACUCUGUAAAUGGGAAGCAUCUCUGUAGUGAGCCGCUGAAGGAGCAGGUGACAGAUAUGUGCGUUUCAGGAGAGUUUGUUGUCAUCGGCAGUGAGCAGGGGCACCUCUCCAUUCGAGACCUCUACAGUCUGUCUCUGUGUGCUGAGCCCAUGGCCAUGCGGGUGCCGGUGCGGUGCAUCUCAGUCACCAAGGAACAGAGUCACAUCCUGGUCGGACUGGAGGAUGGCAAGCUGAUCAUCAUAGGCGUGGGCAAGCCUGCGGAGCUACGCUAUUCUCAGAUCACACGGAAGCUGUGGGGUUCCGGCAAAAGGCUGAGCCAGAUCUCCUCGCGGGACUCCAUGUACAGCACGCAGCACGACUACAACUGACCUCCCCCUCCCCCAGCCCCUACUUUUCACAGCUGUCCAUUUCUGUCACUCAUCCCCAUCUUGGCUCAAACAUGUUGUCUCAGACUGUUUUCAAGAGCUCAGUUUCUCCAGAAGCAUCCAGUGUAGAGGGUCGCAAAAGCUGCGUCUGUGUCCAUUUGGUGGUUGUGUUUUAGUGCCGCUGCUUUGGACUGAUCAUGCAUCAGCGCUGGGGAUCAUAUCCCAAGGUGGCAUCCAGAGUGUGGAAUCAUGACUCUUCCUUUCAUCUUUCAGCAAGUCAUUAUUUUAUUUUUUUGCAUAAGGCCACAUGGUUUCCUGAGCAGCAAACAUGGUGCACAUUUUCAGCUUUCUAAACUCUUGAUGCCUCAGAUGCCAGCAUGCAUCCUAGUGUUGUUGAAAUAUGUUUCCAAGGCCUUCCCCCCCCCCCCUCUCUUAACUUGCCUUCAAAGCAGACAGGCGGGCCUGUGCUCUGUUGGUCCAAAAAAAAAAAAAGAAAAAAACAUUUCAUGGUGCCUCCAAGCUGCCACACAGCAGCCUUAUGCAGUACAUGGUGCCAUCACUGAAAAGACCAAACUUGGUUUUUCUUACAUGUCUCAUCGAUAUGUUAGAUUUCGCAUAGUUUUGUUUUGUUGAAUUUUUUUUUUCUUCAAACUGAUGCAUGUAUCCACAGACAAUACAUUUGUUUUGUUUUGUUUUUUUGUUUUUUGCUAUUGGUCCAGUUUGAGAUUAACCAGCCACCAGGGACGUUGAAAAAAAUCUGGGGGUUUCAGCGCUGACUUGUCAUGUAAAGCUAAUUUUUUAAAAAUUGUUCACUACUCAAAAAACACUACAAGAAACCUUUAUCACACUAGUGCAGAGGUGAAGUCGGGUCAUUGGCAGCAGUGUGAGGUAACACUCGUCUCUCCGUGCUUCAUUGAAUGUUUCAAAUUACUUGAAUCUGUUAUUUAUAAGUAGCUGUUUUUGUCACGUUUUCUAUCUAGUGCAUAAGCGACAAAUUGUGAGUUUGGUGUUUUUGAAUUGUUUGACUGUUCCAGCUCCCGGCAGAAGAAGCAGAAAGGAAAUUUCCACAAGGGCUUUUUGAGGUGUCAGAGUUAAAAGCAAUACCGCUCUUCUCCUCGGGUGCCGGUCUGUGCUUUCUACCCUUUUUUCUCUCUCCCUAGUAUGUUUCCAUGCCAACCUGCUAUCGCUAGUCUUCCUUUAGCUUAAAGGGGUUAUAUUGUACAAAAUUUAAAUGUCAAAUAUCCUCAAAGUCUCUCAGUGCCAUGAGUAUAUUUGUCAACAAAAUUUGGUUUGGAAGUUUUAGAGGUGACACACCUCUACAUUGUGUCAGAGAGAAGUAACAAUACCUCCUUGGCUGAACGAACAGUUCCUUUCCAGUUCAAACAACAGGUACAGAAACAAGUCAUUUUUUAGAGACUUAAAAAUUGGACUGUUUCGGAAGCAUCGCCUCAGUGUUUCUGGGGUUUUUCUGCUCAGCUACAGAUGUGUUUUUAAGACACCUGGUGACUGUUGUUAGCAUGUUGAAAAUAUGUGUAAUAUGACCCCUUUAAUCAGGCCAGUAAAUGCGCCUCGUCCACCCUCUCUUCCCUUCCCUCAGACUGCCUUCAGCUCUCGUCAUUGCCUCAGACAUUUGUCCUGUCAUUUGUUUUAAACUCCUUCGCCUUCCUGGUCAUUGUGAAGCGACUGAUGUCAGAUUUUCUUGACAAGGCAUUGAGUCACAAAAACACCGCACACUGAAUCUUCUGUGGAAUAAACUUUGUGCAAUUCAUUGUGUGGGUGUGCAUGUGCGUCUGUGUCAUUGUUUAUUUUAAUAGUCUUCCCCUGUCAUAAUAUUUGUUUAUAGUGUGUUUCUGAUUCUGUGAUCCAAAGUAGCCCUGUUUUGCCUCAAUCAUAUAACAGGGUUCCUCCAUUGGUUUAGUUUUUUUUUUUUUUUUGCUUUUGUACAUAGUUUUUAUUAAAGUGUCACUACAGCUUUGAGUGCAGAGACCAAUUUCUGUUUUUGAGUUUUGUGAAAGAUGUGUAAUGUCAUUUCUUCUUCUCAAUUUACCAUUCUAAAGUACGACCACUGUUAAAACGUUUUAAACAGACUUCCACAACUACAGCGAACAUAGUGCCUUUAUCUCAGUGUGGUGUUAAAAUACAAUGAACCUUUCUGUCAUAACUGAACUUUAAUUGUCCCAGAACAUUAAUUCAAUGAAAGCUGCAUUCCAGUAGAUAAAACUACACAGUUUAGGUAAGAACCAAGUGCAUAGGAUCUCUCCCCAAAAAAAUCAUUACUGACCAGUACUAUUUUGUGUCUUAGAAAGAUUUUCUGUGACUGUCACCAAAAGGAUGUGUGUAUAUUUGUGAUUAUUUAUGAAUACAGUAUAUACUGUAAUGUACAGCAUGGUUUUUAUUUCAGUGUAUGUGAAAUGUACUUUUUGCACUUUCCAGGUACUAAAUUGCAACAAAUUGUUUUGCUCUUUAAUCUGUACGAACUGCUUUGUUAUACACAAGUGGGAAAUGGUCAAUAAAGUCUAAAUUUAAUA